GUCCAACUCUUCCCUUCUUGGCCCUGCUUUGCUACGGAAGUAAUUCUAUUUUCUUUCUCUUUCUCGUUAUCAUUGCCCCCCAUGAAGCCCAUCCGAAUCUGGCUCAUCCCUGCCGGUCCAAAUCCUUGGAAGGUGGUCGUUAUUUUCGAGGAACUUGGCAUACCUUACAAGAUAACAUCCAUCAAGUUUGACGAUGUCAAGAAGCCCCCUUACACCGAUAUCAACCCCAACGGUCGUGUCCCAGCUAUCUACGACCCGAAUACCGACAUUACUCUCUGGGAGUCGGGCGCUAUCAUUCAGUAUCUUAUAGAGCAAUAUGACGUCGACCAUAAGCUCACAUACACUGCUCUCAAAGAAAGACAUCAACUCAACCAGUGGCUUCAGUUCCAAAUGAGUGGUCAAGGACCAUAUUAUGGCGUAUGUGCAUGGUUCAACGUGCUUCACCAGGAGAAGUUGCCCUCGGCCAUAGAACGUUACAAUAAUCAGCUGAAGCGCGUUCUCGGCGUCCUGGAUAAGUGGCUCGAAACACGGCAGUGGCUCGUCGGCGACAAGAUGACGUACGCCGACCUGGCUUUCGUGCCGUGGAACGACCGCAUCGACUCUACCAUUAUCUGCAAGCCGCAGGACAAGUUCUCCGGUUUCCCCAACGUACAGGCCUGGCAUGAGCGCAUGAUCUCGCGCCCCGCGUGGAAGCGGUGCAUGGAAGUUCGGGAGCCCCUGAUGAAGGAGCAAGGUUUGGAUCAAGAAACAGGAAGACCGGCCCGCUUUAAAACACAUCAAGAAUUUGAAGAAGCAGUUGCCAGAGGAGAGAGUACCGAUGCUUGAAACAUGACCGAGUUGUUGGUGAAUUAAGCUAGAAAGAUGGAAGUGUCCCAAGAUAGGUUGAUUUACUAUUUCAAUGUUAUCUCUGAUUGAGAAAUUAUUACCACGCGUUCAUUACACUGGAGUCAACCGCCCUAGAGCAAGACAUACAUAGCUGCUGCACGUGUAUACUCCGCCAUUAAAAUGAUGAUUUCCUUGUCUAUCGUGUGGUGGCCUUCAUGCGUUAACUACCUAGGUACCCAAGGUAUGGCUGCGGUUUUUCCAAUUAUAAAUAUUACCUAGAUUCCUACUUAAAUUACGCAGCUGAAAUAAUUAAACAUUGCAAAAGCCAA